AUGGAAGAACACACUCAAGAUCGCCGUGAAAUUGCGUUCUUGCACUCCGGCGAGUUUCUCCGGGGAGAAUCCACCUCAACUGAUCAUCAAACGAACGAGUCUCCGGUGGAUCAUCAUCACCAGCCGUCUAUCAAAGAAGUUGAUUUCUUCGCCGCCAAAAGUCAGCCGUAUGAUCCUAGUUAUGUGAGAACGACGAAUAUCGUUGGAUCUUCCAGUUUUAACGUAAGGUUUCAUAUUAUAUAUUCAUACACAACAUUUGAUGAUAUAUAUAUAUAUAUAUAUGUUGGACGUUAUUAAUUAUACGUUAAAUUCAUGUCAUAUUAGGACGAGUUAGUUUUGGUAAAUUCACGUCUUGGAACAUCAAGUGAUGAUGGUGAUGACAAAACCAAAACCCAAAUUAGUAGGCUGAAAUUGGAGUUAGGGAGACUUCACGAGGAGAAUCACAAGCUGAAGCAUUUAUUAGAAGAGAUAAGUGAGAGUUACAACGACCUUCAAAGUAGAGUUUUGAUGGCCAGACAGACACAAGUGGAAGGUCUUCAUAAACACGAGGAUAUACCUCAAGAUGUAUCUUCACAAGCUCUAAACGAUAGAAGAGCAAUGCAUAUGAACGAUGAAACUCCAGCCAACACUUUGAAACGACGGUCUCCGGACGACGUGGAUGAUCGUGAUCUGCACCGAGGUUCACCAAAAACUCCGAGAUUGGACCAAAACAAGAUUGUUAACCAUGAAGAACAACAAAACCCUCAUGAUCAGUUACCUUUUAGAAAAGCUAGGGUUUCCGUUAGAGCGAGAUCUGAUGCCACCACGGUAAAUGACGGAUGUCAAUGGAGAAAAUACGGGCAAAAGAUGGCGAAAGGGAAUCCAUGUCCUCGCGCUUACUAUCGUUGCACCAUGGCCGUGGGAUGUCCUGUCCGUAAACAGGUCCAACGAUGCGCCGAGGAUACAACAAUCUUGACAACAACGUACGAAGGAAACCAUAACCAUCCUCUUCCACCGUCAGCCACCGCCAUGGCCGCAACUACCUCCGCCGCAGCCGCCAUGCUCUUAUCAGGCUCCACCACCAGCAACAUCAACCAAACUCUCUCUACGCCUUCCGCCACGUCAUCAUCUUCCUUCUACCAUAACUUCCCAUACACCUCCACAAUCGCCACUCUCUCCGCCUCCGCUCCUUUCCCAACCAUUACUCUAGACCUCACCAACCCACCUCGACCGCUACAACCGCCGCUCCCGCCGCACUUUCUGAGCCAGUACGGUCCCACAGCGUUUUUACCAAACGCUAAUCAAGUUAGGUCUAUCAAUAAUCAUCCGCAGUUAUUAUUACCUAAUUUGCUGGGCCCACAUGCACCACCACCACGUGACAUGGUAGAUACGGUUAGGGCUGCUAUUGCGAUGGAUCCAAAUUUCACGGCGGCACUUGCGGCGGCGAUCUCAAACAUUAUCGGAGGAGGUAACGACAAUAAUAAUGAUAAUAAUAAUACGAAUAACAAGGUUGAUAGUAAAAGUGGAGGAAGCAGUAACGGAGAUUCGCCACAGAUUCCACAGUCUUGCACCACUUUUUCCACAAACUAAAUUAAGUACUUUAUAUAUAUAUAUAUAUAUGUUCCUUCUUAUAUUAUCACACACACAUAUAUACAGUAAGUCUGUAUAUAAAUAUAAAUAUAUAUGAGCAUAUUCUUCAGUUCUCUAAUGUACAUAGGCAAACAUAUACAUGAUGUGGAAAGAGCAUAAAAGGUUUUUGACCCGAUUCGAUUUUGGCUAUUGUGUGUGUAUUUUUUCUUUUCUUCUUCUAUAUAAUGAACGAGGGAGAGUGUAGGUUUUUUGUUCGUUAUUUUUGUAGUUUUUCUGAACAAUAUAUAUAAUUCUAUAUAUAUGUAAUGAUAUGUUGGAUUUUACAACUUUUUUUAAUAUAUAAUGAUAAAUGACAACAUU